AUGCAAGGUAACCUGCAGAGCUACCUCACUGAAGCCAUGGAAUGCUUAAACCAAAAUCUGCGGGAACUGGUGUAUCAAGCGAUCUACCCAAGUCAAAGGAUCAAGCCUGCAAAAAUUCGCGAGUCAUAUACACCGGAUGUCGAGAUAGAAUCGGUGCGAUCGCAUAUCAGUCGAUCGGAUUUCCUCAAUCCAGAAGAUGCUAAUAUUGACGAAUCGGGCCAAGGUGACCGGCAACGUGCGAUGGUGGCCACAACAAAGACGUUGAAGAAGGUUGAUGCAGUUCCCCAGCGCAUUCGAGUGUCAGCAAUCACGGAGCUGAAGGAAUUCAGUGGAAAAGAUUGA